CAAUAAGGUAUCAUUUAAAAAUGUAGUAGAAUAUUUGAUAAAAGUUUAAAGACAUUGAUUUUAAUGGUUUAGUAAAUGCUCAAAAUCAAAAGUAUCGUAGUCAAUCUAGUCAUAAUAUUGCCAUUGAUACUGAUCUCUAAUUCUCUACAGAUGGCUUUUUCACUUAGUAUUAAUGAAUCAUCACUGAUUAUUAUGAUAUGAAUCAUCAUUAAAUUAGCUUUCUCCUUGAUCUGUUGUACUCUUUUGAACUUGAAACAAAAAUAGAAGAUGAUUGAAACAGAAAUGACAAUCCAAAAACUGGAAGAACCGAAAUUAGAAGAGUGGGAUGAGCUCACGAUCGAGAUGCGGCGAGAUUUAUUGGCUCUUGAUUUACGUAUUUCCCUAUUUGUUGGCGCCGUACAAAAUUUCAAAUACGAAUCGCUACUCAAACCUAUUCCUGCAAACUACCGAAAAAGUGAUGGCGAAGCAGAUAUUAAAACUAUCCGCGAAUUAGUUUCCAGGCUUCCGGAAUUGCCUCUUCGCGACCUCAACUAUAAACCGGAUCCCCAAUUAACCACUUUUAUGAAGACAUUCUUUUUGAACCACAACCAGCAGCUUAGUUUAAUCUCUGUAGAAGAACUCAAACGGCAAGUCGGCGGGCAAAUUGAGCUACAAAUUGCUCCGCGAUGGAUCUUCCAAAUUGAUCAUGUCUCUCGCAAUCAACAGACUUGGGAACGUAGAAAAGCUUCUUCCUCUUCAUUUUACGCCUUCCAUGGGAGUCGUUUUGAAAAUUUCCAUUCGAUAUUGAAUUUGGGACUUCAUCAACAUCUCAACAAGACUGCCCUGUUCGGUGAAGGAAUUUAUUUAUCAACCGAACAAUCUUUAAGCCUUCAAUACUCUCCUUGUGGACAAGGUUGGAGUAAAAGUCAGUUGGGACCAGAAUUAUCGUUACUCGCCAUUUGUGAAGUAAUUGAUCAUCCAGACGUUAAGAGAAGAGGUUCGAGACCGUCUACGGGUAAUAUGGCGAUUCCGGACAAGUAUAUUCUCGUAACCAACAACGAACUCGUACGCCCUCGAUACUUUCUGGUUUACACAAGACCUAAAGUGAAGACUGUGAAAGUUACUAGUUUCGUAGAGCGUCACAAGUUUGUUUUGUUCCUAAGCCUUUACGUCUCACUCCUUCUCGCAAUCGGCCUAGCCAAAAAAGUUGCUGUUUGACAUAUGCUUGCAUGUAUAGUGUUUAUUUAAACUGAGAAUUUUAUUCCUCUG